GUAGCCGUUCCCUGCCUACUGAUGGCUAAUGAGCGACUCAGAGCUCUGGAGGAUGUGGAGAAGGAGAUAGCGAUGAUCCUGCAGUGUGCUGGUAAUAUAGUUCUGGAACUCUCCAAAGACAAACCUAAUGCUAGCCACCUGGACAGACAGCUAGUCCAGUUCCAGAGCUCUGUCAGCCGAGUGGAGAAUGAACUGAGCGCCCAGAUCCGCUACCUCACACAGGUAGCUACUGGUCAACCUCAUGAAGGCUCCACUUAUUCAGCCAGAAAGGACUGCCAGAUGGCACUGAACAGAGCAGAAUAUGCCAAGGUCAAACUGGGAGAACUGGGACGAACCUGUGAAGUCAUGCUGGAGCAGCAGCAGCAGCAGCAGCACACAUGAGAGCAGAGGGCAGCUGGCUAGUGUAAUAGUGAUAACUUGACAUACAGCAAAAUUUUGAUCUGAUGUGACUGUUUCAUUCUCAUUCUUCUUCUUCUACCACCAGCACUGAAAUCUUAACAAUGAAUUUUUUUUUUUUUUUUUUUUUUUUUACAUAUACUGGAGUUUUACAAGAACCACAAAUGCAAUCUUUAUUUUAUUUUUUAUAUCUUAUUGAACUCUGAUUUUCUAAGUACCGUAGUAUAUGUUGCAUUUCCGGGUAUAUUUUGUUGUUUGGUGCUCUAUUUUUCUUAUGUGCACAGCAGACCGUAUGUAAACCAUGUUAAGACACUUCAACCAAAAGGCUGUAUACCAAAUGUUACAACAUAAACAGCACUUGUCAGGUAAUCAGUCCUUCGCAAUUAAACCAACUCCCUUUGGUGCUGUAACCUCACCCAUGUAUUUAUACAGGGAGGUAACAAAAGAAAAGCUGAGAUGGCAUUUUCUCCAUCAGUGGAACCUCAACUCUAUGGAAUAUCAUCAGUGGUGGAAAGACUUAAGUGGUAAAAGCCUAGACUUGAAAGCACACAGGGACAAAGUCACAAAAAUCUUGAUUUGUUUUUUAUUUGUUCAGGGCUGUAUUUCCUUCAGCUUCAGUUCUGUCAUAUUCUGAACUCUUGAAAAUGAAAGGAGUCUAAAUGUAGGUGUCUAAAAGGCCUGACCAUUUCUAAGUAGUGUCACGUCUUUUGUACCAAUUUAAAUGCAGAUAAAGCUUAGUGGAAAAUAAGUUGAAUGUAACAGCCCUGGAUCAAUGCUAAGAAGCCUGUUAUGUGGUCUAACAGUUUUGCUUUAUGGCCAAGCACAGUGAAGACAAGAUUGUUGCCCAGAAAAAUCAGCUGCAUGCAUCAAAAUGUAAAUGUUGAUACAAUUUUUCCUGCAUACUUUUCAAUAUGUAUUUGUUUUGCUUCCUAGUUACUUUGUGCUUAAUGAGGUACCACAUACUGAACUUUGUCAUUUCAAAAGCUUUCAGUAACGUUUUCCAUCAGUUCAAGAUCACAUCAUUUUAUUUGACAGUAGGGAAACAUUGUUUUCUCAAGAAACAUGCUGUGACAACUUUUUUUUAUGUUUUAAACAACAAAAUAGAGAGGUGUUUUUCUUUAGUUACAACACUUGUUUAGUUGUACAUUUUAGUUCAUUUUGAGUAAAAGCUUAAAGGCCAUAGAAUAUCCUGUAACAUGUUUACUAUUUUUAUUGUGAAGUCUCCAAAUUACAGUACAGUAUUUUAUAGAUCUCAUGCCUAAUGACAGUGAUAACAGAUGUAUUCUCUUACAUUUACAUGGCUCCCAUUUCUUAUUGUAGCAGCGUGACAAAUCAAAUUUAUUCUAAAUCUUCAAAACAAGUGCCAUUUCCUUUUUACAGACACUGACAACAAAACACUAGGUUUCUGUCUGAGACACUCUAUUAUUUUUUGUUUUGUUUUGUUUUUGUUUUGUUUUUGAAGCCGAGAGGUCAUAAAAAAUAUGUAGGUACCAAGACAGAAGAUACUGUCAAGUGAAAUAAUGAUUGUUUUUGUAGCCAUUUGACUGUUUGCCUAUUAAAUGAUGAUAUACUCAGAAUCAUGUACAUCAAUGGCUAUUGUGCUCCAUGUUAUGACCGUGUGAUUUAGCAGAUAGCACUAAACACAGUACAACAAAUCGUGA